AAAUCGAAUUACAUAUACAUGAUAUAUGCGGAAUGUACAACUUCACGUUAAGCGCCCGCGACGGUACCGUCUUCAACCACAACCACGACCAGCCACGACCACGACAAUCACGACUUACCCCACCGAUAGCUGUUUUAUCAAGACGUUAGACUUUGCGAAACUUGUACUGCUGACUGGGUGCUUGACGACGUUGAACUGGAGCAUAGCCUUAUCUUUCAAGCUAAGGCUUAAGCGAGAUGUACUCCUAUAACAAUCCUUCUGCAUCGUGGCAGAAUGCCUCGCAUCCACCAUCAGAACCUCCAAAUCACGAUACCAGAGAUCCCAGACGGCAUAGAGCCUCUACAGCACCCAACUAUAACCCUUAUGCCCAGCCACCGCAUCCAAUGCCGCACCCGAGAGUGCUGACGCCAGGCCAUAUACCGCCUACCAUCCAUAAUCCUAGCCUUUACUUUGGGAAUCGUCCGAUAAUGGCGACUCCCGGACCAUAUCUUACUGGACGCCCUCCCUUCCCUCAUCCUACGACAGCCGAGUCGCAACAAUGGCCUUACGACGCUGAUGACUACUUUCCUCCCUCUAAACCACCUGUACCGCCCCCGGCCCCCGAACCGAUACCCCGGCUUCCAUCUCCGUCGCGUCCCGGGCGCGUGUUGCCUAUCUCCGAAGAGCCGACGCCUAUUUCACCGUCACCGUCAAGUGCUCAAGAGUUAGCACAAGCGCUACAAAUCUCCAAAUCCGAAUCUGCGAAGCAAGCGCAGUUCCUCGAGAAGUUAUCAAAUCAGGAAGAGGAGGAUCUUGCUCGUGCACUUGAAGAAUCCCUUCAAUCCGUUUCGUUGAACUCAUACACAUCUGGUAGCUCGCGUUUCUAUACUUCGGAGGCAGGGCCGUCGACGGAUACCGGUCGGUGGCCAAGCGCAUCUACGUCAGGGCCCUCGGUUCCCUCCAGACCACUUGCGUCAGACAUAGAUGACGAUGAAGCCUUUGCACGCAGACUUGCUGCUGAAGACGAGGCAGGUCCGUCAGACUCGAACACAGCAGAUGAUGAAGCACUUGCGAGACUACUUGCCGCCGAGGAGGAGGAGGAGGAACAACGAUAUAGACAGCAGGAACUUGAACAAUCCUCUCAGUCACAUAGUAAUCGGCAUAGUACAGGAGGGCCUACUGAGCACUCUGACAGUAUAGCGAGAACACCAGACGAAGGAUUGGCGCGAAGACUUGCAGCCGAAGAAGAGAUGGAAAAGUCCAGGGCUAUCGACGCCGGACCUGUGUCUGCUCCACCUGCCUAUGACGCCCUUCCCUCUCCAAUGUCUCUGAAUGUGACAACCAAAGGAUCAGACGCAGGUCUGACGGUAGAUCCCCAAUUGUAUCGCAGCAACUCGUCGGGCUCUGCAGCAUCGUAUGCCUCUUCCGAAAGCCAAGCCAACCCCCCAACGCAGGCAUCUUGUCGUUCCAGCGCUGAAAUAUCUUCUCACAGUGAUACAAACUCUGUAUCUCCAAGGAUAUCUACGGCAUCAUCUGUUUCUUUACCUACUCUCCCCGAGGCCAGUGGAAAUGAACAAGCAAUGGUCAAUGUAAACCAAUUUGUGGAUGCAGAAUUACUGCACGGUGUUUCAAUUGGUUUCUCUCCUCCUGUUAUCACAUCUAUAAUGCAACAAAUGCCCACAGCAAUGCCAAACAUAAUAUCGCUUCCUUACGGCCGAUGUCCUCCCCUACACUUCCAAGCUCCGAACUGGCGUCAUCUACUUAAGCUGAUGGCCAGGUUAUCGGGCACAAGAAUUGAGCCUACAAUAGAAGCCGUGGCUGUGGUAAAAACAGAUUUGUUUCUUCGAACCGUCAUUCAAUUCGUUAGGCCUCAUCCUGCCUCUGAGGAUUGGAGGACGAUCAUCUGGUUCACCAUUGACCACCCUGUUCCAGCAUCACUGCCUGGCGCCCGAAAAUACACAAACGGUGAUGUUGAUGUUCUUCCGUGGUCAUACACGCUAUCUUCACUUCCCGCUCUCCUAAAAGACAAUGCCGAUUCCCAGAUAUCGCAAACAUACACCAUCCCUUCAACUGAAGCGGUACCGUAUCCGAAGCUGCCUAUCUCAUUUCCCAAUAUGGCGUUAUACCUCCAAGCGGCUCUGGACGAGUCGCGUCGGUACUCCAACGAUGGCUCGAGUGGCAUGCGGAAGUUGUCGCGAAUGAUGGAUAGGUGUUAUCCUACACUGGAGAGUAUUGACUUAGCAGAGAGUUCUGAGGGAAGUGGGAUGGGUCGAGUCUUCAGAAAGGUAAUGGGUCGGGGAAACAAAAAUAACAAGCAAGGACGGGGUGGCAAUAUGGACACGUAUGAGCUUGUGACACCAUUUGUGCCGGAGGAGUGGGGGUAAAUGUACUUUCUCGGUAUAUUUUAUGUCGUAUAACUUUGGUACUCCAGUUUUUCCCUAAAGAUCGAAUCUAAGUUCGGAUCUCUCGGGCCGGACUUGCCUUUGUCACAAGUG